GAAGAAAGGAGUGACCGAGAGGUGCGUUACCCAAACCGGAAGUGUGGAGGGUCAACGGAGUCUGGGCACAAAGGAGGAAGAUGUGAGUGGAGGGAGCGAGAAGAAGGGGGCCAGGAAGGAAUAAUGAUCGAAAGGUGGCCCCGUAGGAUGUUGAAGUGCUGCUUAAGGCUGUAUGAUGGAGGGGAGCGAGAGUGCGAACGUGUGUAGUAAAUCUGUCAAAUGGAUUCAACGGCAGGAUAAAGAUGCUGAACCGUGGCUGUGGAAACUGUCAAACUGCUUCUCUUCUGCUGACCAGCCAUUACACUCUACUGGAGGGCGGACGAAGGAUUUCAUGGAGGGCCCAAAACCUAAAGUGGAACUGAAGGAUUUGCCGCCACCUCCCCCACCCCCUCUCCAACCAUGCACCAAUAUAUUCCCCACAGUACCACUUCCCAAAAUCCAACAGCCCCCUCUGCAAUCGGUCCAAAUUCAGGCAGCCCCCAAAGUAAGAUGCUGUGCUCUGUGUUCCAACAGCACCUCUUGCACACCUGAUUAUCUCUGUGGUGCCAGCGGUGGUGGUUUUGUUCUUCCGAACACGGUACUGGAUAAAAAAGUCACGGGUACAAUCACGUGUCAGGUAACCCCGGGGUUUACAUUUCCAAGUGAGGCUCCAUUCAAAAAAGCUCCUGUUGCGGCGAGCCCUUACAGCAGUCUCUCUACAGGCUUCCCGAACCUGUACGUGGAAAACGGUCUGUCCCCGUGUCGGAUUCACUCUCCUCAGCCAGUUCCCUGCUGCACCAAAGCCCACUUUAACUCUUUUCACGGUGAUCUUCACAAAUGCCAGGUUCCUGUCCUAGGGACUUCUGGGUUCUACCCAUGUUCAGAUGUUGCCAAUAGAACACCCCGGCAUUUAAAGGAACAUUUCACACGGUCUGAAGUACUCUCUCACUUCUGCACAAGUUCUCUGCACGGUGCCCCCUCUGUAUAUUUCAAGGGCUCUCACUUUUGUGAUGUCUUCUUGGAAAAGCCGUCUAGUAAUGCUGUGAUUGAUGUAAAUAAAGUUUGGCCCAAUAUCCCUCCUCCAAGCACUCGGCCUGCUCCCGUCCCAAUAUGCAACGGCUGUGGAACGCAAGGGGCUGCGCAUGAGGCUGCCCUCCUACUGGCUAAUAAUUUACGGAAAGCCUCGCAAAAAUAUGGAUCACCAGACCUGGCAACUGCUGGCCAGGUGCCAGAAAAUUUGGCCCCUAUUGGAGUUUUUUGGGACAUAGAAAACUGCUCAGUUCCCAGCGGCCGCUCGGCUGUAGCAGUGGUGAAGCGAAUUCGGGAGAGGCUUUUCAAAGGUCGCAGGGAAGCAGAGUUCAUAUGUGUCUGUGACAUAAGUAAAGAGAACAAGGAGGUCAUUGAGGAGCUUAACAAUUGUCAGGUAACAGUUGCUCACAUCAAUGCCACUGCGAAGAAUGCUGCAGAUGACAAACUCCGUCAAAGUCUGAGACGGUUUGCUGAUACGCACACUUCUCCAGCCACCGUGGUUCUUGUUUCCACUGACGUCAACUUUGCGCUUGAGCUUAGUGAUUUGAGACAUCGGCAUGGUUUUCAUAUCAUACUUGUUCACAAAAACCAGGCUUCUGAGGCUCUGCUUCAUCAUGCACAUGAGCUGAUCCGCUUUGAAGAAUUCAUUUCUGACCUGCCUCCCAGAUUACCCCUUAAAACACAGCAGUGCCAUACUCUGUUAUAUGUUUAUAACCUGCCAACCAACAGAGACUCUAAAAGUAUCAGCAAUCGCCUGAGACGUUUGUCUGAUAACUGCGGUGGGAAAGUAAUGAGUAUAUCUGGCAGCAGCGCCAUCCUCCGUUUUCUAAACCAGGAGAGUGCGGAACGCGCACAGAAGCGGAUGGAGAACGAGGAUGUAUUUGGUAACCGGAUUAGUGUGUCGUUCGUUCCUAAAAAUAAGGAAGUGACGGAGACGAAAAAUUCAAAUGGUGUCUCUGGUGAUAAAUCAAAGUCUCCCAAGAAAGCAAACAAGAACACCAAACUGUGCCUCACGUUUAAAGAGCAGCACGACCAGUCAAAUGCCAAAGCGGCUUCCAGCAAAGCAACGCAUGGCUCUGUCACCAAAAGCUCAAAUGUUAAAAGCCUACAGGAACUGUGCCAAAUCCAGUCCAAAUCAAGCAAUAGAAGUAAUCCACCCCAACAACAUGAAAAAGAAAAGAGAAAAAAUGGGGAUAAAGCCAAUCCCCCAGUGCCCCAAAGUAACCAGAUGUCUGCAGCUCAUAAAAGCCUUGGGGUAGAAGAGCCCUCCUUUAAAAAUAUUCAAAAGAGAGAUGACUCUGAUACUCGUGCAGACUCUCCUAUGGAAAGUAAAGAGGAGGACGAUGCGUUUCAGAUUAGUAAUCCAUCUGCCUUCAGCAAACUCGUAGGAAUGAGGCAGCAGAGUCCUGUUAGAGAAUCCCUACGAUGCUGGUCUUCAAGAAGUGUGUCCCCAAGCCGCUCAAACCGAUCGUCACCACUUGUUCCAAACCCUGGUGAUGCAGACUUUGCUUUAGAUCCGUUUGCUAAUGGUGUUGAUAUUCAAAUUGGGAAUCUGGACUACAGGAUGUCGCGUAAAGAGCUCCUGCAAACCUUACGGGAUAUAUUUUCCAGGCACGGAAAGUUAAAGCAUGUCGAGCUCAGCCCUCAUACUGACUAUCAACUGAAAGCCACAGUUCAGAUGGAAAACCUCCAAGAAGCUAUUUGUGCUGUCAAUAGCCUUCACAGAUACAAAAUUGGAAGCAAGCGAAUACAGGUUUCCUUGGCUACAGGGGCAACAAAUAAGUCUCUCUCCUUGCUAAGUUUUGGAGCAAUCUCUAUUCUCCAAGAUGCCCCAGCUUGCUGCCUCCCAUUAUUUAAAUUCACAGAAAUUUAUGAGAAAAAGUUUGGACACAAGCUUAUUGUGUCAGAUUUAUACAGACUAACAGACACGGUUACAAUCCGUGACCAGGGAAAUGGACGAUUGAUCUGUCUGUUAGCCAGCAUUCAGGCAAGACAAAGCCCGCUUGGAUCUUCUCAAUCGCACGACGGCUCAUCGACAAACUGUAGUCCUGUUGUAUUUGAAGAACUCGAGUACCAUGAACCUGUUUGUAGGCAGCACUGUAAGAAUAAAAAGUUCAGUGAGCAUGAUUUUGACCCAGACUCGUACAUAAUUCCAUACGUCAUUAUCUCUUUGAAGACUUUUGCUCCCCAAGUCCACAGUCUCUUGCAGACCCAUGAGGGUACAAUUCCUCUCUUGAGCUUCCCUGAUUGCUAUGCUGCAGAAUUUGGAGCUCUCGUAGAGGUUCAGGAACAACAAGAUGGCGUUCCUCUUGAACACCUGAUAACCUGUAUCCCUGGUGUGAACAUUGCGUCGGCACAAAAUGGCAUAAAGGUUGUCAAAUGGAUACACAACAAGCCGCCCCCUCCAAACACAGAUCCAUGGCUGUUGCGCUCUAAGAGCCCAGUUGGGAAUCCCCAGUUGAUUCAGUUCAGCCGUGAAGUGAUCGAUCUUUUGAAGAGUCAACCAUGCUGUAUAAUGCCAGUAGCGAAAUUCAUCCCUACGUAUCAUCAUCACUUUGCAAAGCAAUGCCGCGUGUCGGAUUAUGGUUACUCUAAGCUGAUGGAACUGUUAGAGGCCGUGCCUCAUGUUUUGCAGAUUCUUGGAAUGGGCUCCAAGCGAAUGUUAACUCUCACUCAUAGAGCACAAGUGAAGCGCUUUACUCAAGAUCUCCUGAAGCUUCUCAAGUCCCAGGCAAGCAAGCAGGUCGUUGUAAGAGAAUUCUUACAAGCUUACCGCUGGUGCUUUUCGAGAGACUGGGACGUAACAGAGUAUGGUGUCUGUGAGCUGGCUGACAUAGUAUCAGAGAUACCUGAUACCACUAUAUGUUUGUCUCGGCAGGAUAAUGAGAUUGUAAUUUCUAUUCCUAAACGAGAACGUACCCCCGAAGAAAUAGAAAGAACAAAGCAGUUUUCUAAAGAAGUGAUUGAUUUAUUGCGGCAUCAACCCCAUUUCCGCAUGCCUUUUAAUAAAUUCAUUCCGUCCUACCACCAUCACUUUGGUCGCCAGUGCAAACUGACGUAUUACGGGUUUACAAAGCUGCUUGACCUCUUUGAAGCCAUACCUGAUGUGUUACACGUCUUAGAAUGUGGUGAGGAAAAGAUUUUGACCCUGACAGAAAUGGAGCGUGUUAAAGCUUUAGCGUCGCAGCUUGUUAAACUUCUGCGCUCUCAGAAGGAUAACUCCCUUGUGAUGCCUGACUUGCUUACUGAAUAUAACAAGACGUUUGGUUACAGUCUGAGGCUUCACGAAUAUGAUGUCAGCUCAGUCCCAGCUCUGAUGCAGAAGCUCUGUCACGUUGUUAAGGUUAUGGACACUGCUUCUGGUAAGCAGAUCCAAUUGAUCAACAGAAAGUCACUGCGAGUACUCACUGCCCAACUUCUCAUACUGCUGAUGUCCUGGGAUGAAUCGUCCUCGCUUACUGUUGACCAGCUUUGCAGACUGUACGAAAGUGUCCAUGCCGUUCCUCUUAAUCCAUGUGAAUAUGGGUUUUUGUCCUUAACAGAACUCUUAAAAAGCCUUCCAUACUUGGUUGAGGUACAUGCGCAUUCUUCUGAUGAAGAUCUUGUGCAGCUAACCCCCCUGUACAUUUUUGCAAAGAACGUCCGUUCCCUUCUCCAUACUUACCACUAUCAGCAAAUCUUCCUGCAUGAAUUCUCUACGGCUUAUAGCAAGUAUGUUGGCGAGCCGCUGCAGCCAAAGCAAUAUGGCUACAAUAGCUUGGAGGAAAUCUUGGCGGCGAUACCGCAGGUUGUUUGGAUAAAAGGACAUGGACACAAGAGGAUAGUUGUUCUUAAAAAUGACAUGAAGGUUUGUCACCAAAUGGACAAAGAACUCUUGUGCUUGAGUUCUCCUGUUGAUCUGCUGUGUGCGCCUGUCCCGUCGUGCCUGCCGUCGCCUCAGCUGUACCCUGACCCUGUAGCACCGCCGUCUGAUGACCUCAUACAGUUUGAAGACCUCUCUCAUCUCUCAGCCCUGAAUCUCGCAGCAGAGGAAACGUUGGAAUAUAGUCUCCCAAACGGGACGCUGGCGAGUGACCACGAAGCUUCUACUUUAUUGGAAAAUAGCUCAGAGCCCCUGCUCUGUAACCCUGUCCCUGUAUUAUCAAAGGCUGCCAAUGAAUUGAUCGGAAGCCCCGUUAAGAAACCCGUUCGGAAUCGAGUCAGAUUGGCAGCAAACUUCUCAUUUGCCCCUGUAACAAAACUGUAAAUGUCAUGAGUGCACUUCUUUCCAAAGGUACAUGAAUCUAGGUUACGAUACAAUGCCCCAUCCAGGGUAU